CCCAGCAUCCGUUCUUCUCGAAGCUGGCGGCGCACACAUCGAGACCUCUCCUGAUCUCCAUCCCAGGUACAGGAACCCUAGUCAGUCACCUCCACGUCUCUCCCGUUCUCAGAUCUCGCCGUGCCCGCUUCAUCCCCAAGCUCUCUCUUGUCCCCCUCUGCUUUCCCCACCGCGCGCCGCUCCCAGCCGACGCCUCCCCCUUCACUGGUCCGGACCCUACCGCGCUCGCUUUGCUUCUCACCGGCUCCGCGGGAGACGCCGACCCCGUCAUCCGCCUGCUCGUCGCCACUUCCCACCUGUCGACCGCUGGUGGCCUCGCUAGUCAGCACUCAGCACUGUAUAUAUAAACAAAAAGGCAAACCUCUCAAGAUAUAUAGAUGGAUGAGCGACGGAUGGUCACGUCCGCCAUUGUAGCUGAAGAAGAAACGAGGACACAUGUGAUCAAGAUAGAUAGGUACUCAACAAUCAAGGAGUUGCUCAAGGUUGGCAAGUAUACAACAUCUAUCCCUUUCAUUGCCGGAGAUCAUAACUGGGUUGUGAGGUAUUUCCCAAACGGUAACACAUAUGCAGAUAAUUACGCACCUGGGCACGUAUCUGUUUAUCUGGUUCUUGAUUCGGCUGGUGCCAAAGAUGUGAAGGCAAAAUUCACCUUCAGUGUUCUUGACAAGGGUGGAGAACCAGUGCCUUCAUACAUCAAAACUGUGACACCACAUAUCUUCCCAAGCAAAGGUUCGGAUUGGGGUUUUGCUAAUUUUAUCAAGCAGAAGGAUUUGGAGGGAUCAGUUCAUCUAAACAGUCUCAGAAUCAGGUGCGAUGUCACUAUUGUGAAGAUCCGCAGCGAAGAGACGCAUACAAAUCAGUUUGUUGUGGUUCCUCCAAGCAACUUGCAUCGCCAGCUUGGCGACCUCCUGAAAAGCAAGGAUGGAGCAGACGUGGCCUUUCGAGUCGGCGGCGAGAUAUUCUCGGCUCAUAGGUCCGUGCUCGCUGCUCGUUCACCGGUCUUCAAGGCGGAGCUCUUUGGCACCAUGAGGGAGAGAGCUGGCGAUCCGAUAGAAAUUCAUGAUAUUGAAGCUGAUGUGUUCAAGUCCUUGCUCCAUUUCAUCUACACGGAUUCACUCCCUGAGAGCACUCAUCAAGGUGCAACACAGGAAGAUGUAGUGACAGCUAGCCAUCUGCUUGUAGCGGCGGACAGGUACGACAUCGAGAGGCUGAAGCUGAUAUGCGAGGAUAAAUUGUGCAAUCAUAUUGACCUCAACAUGGUUGCGACUAGUUUGGCUCUUGCCGAGCAGCAUAACUGCCAUGGACUCAAGGAGGCUUGCUUUGGGUUCCUUGCUUCUCCUUCAAAUUUGGAGGCAAUGAUCGGAAGUGAUGGUUACCAACAUCUCAAAAGCAGUUGCCCGUCUACUCUCAAAGAGCUCAUUGCUAGACUCUUGCCUGCUGAACUGAUGGCAGCCAAGGAUAUUGUCAGGUCAAUUUGACCAGUACUGUUGGUACUGAUUAUAAAGUAAACUUGGUAUCUAUUUUGCGUGUGUGGGUCUGCCCUCAAAGAGCUGAUUGUCAGAUUCUUGCCUGUUGAGCUGAGAGUUAUCAGGACAAUUUAAUUAGGACUUGCGCGUGUGGAACUACUGAUCGUGUCUCAAGUAAACUUUAGUGUAUAUUUUGCUAGU